GAUUGGCUGUGUCCAAAUACACCGUGUCCAAGUGCACCGCUUCCGAUUAAUACAGGUGCGUUAAAUAAGGCGUGGAAGCGCCCGUAUAUUUCGAUGUCGCCAAUUCACUUUUUUGCAGCAGCUUGAAUUUUCUAUUUAUUUUUCUGUAAUCAUUGUACGUAUUGAUGUUAUUCGAAAAGCUGUAUUUUCUUUAUACUGGAUUCUGUUGAAAAUAGCGGUUUAUAAUAAUAUGAUUAAUACCAGUGCUUUAACCCUUCGUUAGGCGCAGUAUCCAAUAGAUACGCGUUCGUGUUAUAACACGUCGUCGUUACUACAAGAUUGCAAGUUCGAACUUGUUCUUCUAAAUAUGCUUCUAGCUCGAUCCCCUCCAUUCCUUAGUAGUGUCCGAACCCGGCUAGAGGGCGCAUGUAUAACGUUGUGACGCAUCGAAAUCUGUGAGAUACAUUGCGACUAUCCACGCUUUUUUUCAUAUAUAAGGUUUGUAAAAUGGAGUUUACGUCAAACACUACAUGUGAUAUGGAUGACGAAAGCGAUGUUCAAAAAUUUCAUGAGUUAUUAAGAGCACAAGACUCCGAUAAUAAAGAUGACAUCUGUGAAGACGAUACCGACACUGACGCCAGUGAGAACUUCGAGAAACGUAGAUGAUUCGGAAACCGAACAGGAUGACAUUUCAUCUAACACGGAUGACGACGAAUAUGAAGAUAACGAAUAUUUUAUGGCAUAUAAAAGAAAAAACCGUAAAGUAAUAGAUUUUUGGAAAUGGAAGAAAACGUCUUUCAUCAAAAGAAAAAAGGUAUCUCGUAAUAUUUUGGUUAAACUCCCAGGAGUAGUGGGAAAAGCUAAAAGCCUGAAAAAAGUUAUGGAGACUUGGUCAUACCUAAUUGACAACGGAAUUAUCAAUGACAUUGUAAAAUUCACUAAUCAAUAUAUCGUCAAUUUACAAGGCGAAUUUAGCAAAGAAAGAGACGUUCGGAUAACAGACGAGGUCGAGAUUAGAGGAUUCAUUGGUCUGUUAUACCUUCUUGGAAUUUAUCAUGCCAGUAGACUAAACUUAAAUGAAAUCUGGGAUAGCAACGGAGGUGGAAUUGAAAAAUUUCGUAUGACAAUGAGCCAAAAAAGAUUCCAAUUCUUGAUGCAUAGUUUACGGUUUGACGAUAGAGAUUCAAGAUCCGAAAGAAGAUCUGUUGCACCUGUGCGAACAAUUUUCGAAAAAUUCGUUGAAAAUUGCCAACAGAAUUAUUCUUUGGGAGCCAAUGUCACAAUUGACGAGAUGUUGGUGGGAUUCCCAGGAAGAUGCAGCUUUAAGCAGUAUAUUCCUUCAAAACCGAAAAAGUAUGGUAUCAAGAUUUUUAGUAUGAUAGACGCGAAGCUGUUCUAUAUAUAUAAUAUGGAAAUAUAUGCUGGUAAAGCACAAGACACUCAGUAAUAAGGCAGUAGACGUAGUAAAACGUCUGGUUACACCGAUUUAUAACACCGGUAGAAAUGUGAAAAUGGACAAUUGGUUUUGUGAUUUCACUUUACUAAAAGAAUUAGAUGAAAAACAACUAUCAGUCGUUGGUACAUCUAAAGCUCAAAUUCCUAUUGCGUUUAAAAUCACUAAUAAUUGCCCAGCUUACU